AUGAAGAGAGGCGGAGUCAUUAUCAGCAUCAGUAUGGUACCCUCUGGUGAGGAGCAGGCGAGCGCCGUGUCGGGCAUCCCAUUUGCUCUCCGCAUGGCGCUGAACUGGGUAGAUCGGUACUACCGCCUAGGAGCUGCUCUGGCUGGCGUCAGCUACAGCUACUACAUAAUGUCUCCUGACGGCACGCAACUUCAGCAGAUUGCUUCCUGGGUCCAGGAUGGCAAAAUUCGGCCGGUGGUGGGACGGACAGUGAAAUUCUCAGAUAUCGAAGGAGUCCGACAGGGAUGCCAGGAGAUAUUUGACGGAAAGGGUACUGGGAAAUUCGUGGUUCAUAUUUUGUCAUAA